AUGCCGGCGACUAAACGGCUACGCACCGAGCCCAUCGUGCGGGUUCGGACGGGGUGCUGGGCCUGCCGACGGCGCAAGAAGAAGUGCGACGAGGCGAAACCCGUCUGCGGGGGCUGCGUGCGCAACAAGCUGACCUGCCAAUGGCCAUCGAGUGUGCUGGGGGUCCCCAGCGCGACUACGCUUACUGCCUGGACCGCCCCUACGCCCACUACUACAUUCUGCACCGAGAGCCAUGCGCAACAACGCCCAGAGCAUAUCGCCCGAGCGCAGACCCGCGUCUCCAGCUCCCCUGAGACGUUGUCCUCAUCGUCCUCAUCGCCAUCACCAGCAGCAGCAGUAGCAUCAUCGUCAGCAUCUCCUAAUUCCGUACUCUCUCAGGAGGAGAUCCCGGGCGAGAUGGAGCUGCUCGAGGAUGAGCACGGCAAUCCCAACACUGCCCCAGGCUUCACUACCACCGCCUCACGAUCUACCGCUACAGACCCCACACCCACUCCAGACCGCACAUCAGCGACCACAGCACUCACAACAAUAGGCAACGCGCUCCCCGGCGCGAUGUCCAUGAUGCCCAACCACGGCCUGGACUCGUACCAGCUGCUGAGCCACUACAUGGCGACGACGGCGGACUGCAUGGCCAACGGGUCGACGCCCAUCAACCCGUUCCUGGUGCAGAUCGUGCCGCUGGCGUUCAGCAGCGACCUGCUGCUGCAGCUGGUGCUGACGCAGAGCGCGGCGCACCGGGCGUUCCGGCGGCUGAACGACUCGGACGAGGUGGCGCAGAGCCACUACACGAAAGCGCUGCAGCUGUUCCGGAAAGGGGUGACCGAGUUCAUCGACGGGAAGGAGUCCAACCCGCUGAUUCUGACGGUGGGGGCGCUGGUGAUGUGCUUCACUGAGACGGCGAAAGGCGACAUGAACGGCACGAUCUUCGACCACCUCUCCGCCGCGCACUCCCUGCUGAUCCGGCUGCUGGGCCACCACCAGGCGGCCGAUGCGGCCAUCCCCAAAGACCUCAGGGAUUUUGUGAUUGAGUACUACACCUACACGGCGGCGGUGAGCAUGAUCUCCAUCGACGCCCGGGUCAGCCAGCAGGUGCUCCUGAACUUCGACCUGGAGCAGAAGGCCCGUCAGCUGCUGGAGGUCGGGUACGUGGGGAAUCUGUGCGGGUGCUGGCUGGAGCUGCUGUUGCUGAUCCCUUGUAUUUUCGACCUCGGGCGGCACUGGAUGAUGCUGCCUCCGACGGAUCCUGAGGGUGGUGACCAGCCGGUCAUCGUGCCGACGGCGGACGAGAUCGCCAUGUACGGGUCGCUGCAGGCGCAGAUCAUGCGGUGGGCGCCGCUCCCGUCCGUCUCGCCGGAGGUGUUUUUGGCGGGCCGGAUCUUCCAGCAGGCGAUGCUGCUCUACCUCUACACGGCGCUGGGCGGGCCCCGGCACUUCGCGCGGUCGAAGACGGGGAUGCAUCAGAUGCUGGUCGAGACGGCCAUUGCCGAGGCCAUGUCGUAUCUGACGCAACUGUCGGCGACCGCCCGCAUCAACUCCGGGCUCUGCUGGCCCAUCGCCGUCGUCGGCUCCUGCCUGUCCCACCCGGACCACCAGGAGAAUCUGCGACAGCGGUUGACGACGAUGGUGUCUACGUUCGGGCUGGGGAAUAUGCACCGCACGAAGCUACUCCUCGAGCACAUGUGGCAGAUGCCGCUGGAGGAGGCGGGGCCCUGGAACAUCUGUCGCGCGAUGGAGCAGAAUCAAAUCUGGAUAUCGUUUGCAUAA